AUGACAGAUGGUCCGAACUACAAGGCCUGUUCAUCAAGCGAAGACUGUGGGGACCCGGGAGAGAUCACAUGUCACAGUGGCACAUGUGUGUGUAUCAAUUCGUUGGCGAAGGCAGACCGGUACGGCAAGUGUCCUUCACAGUCGCACAAGACGUGCACGGAUAACAGUGACUGUUUCGAUGCCGAUGCCGUAUGCAAAUAUAAUGACGUUUUCCAUGCGAAAGUCUGCUUUUGUUUCUCCAUUCUUCAGCCGGUUAACGAGUAUGGAGAGUGCAUUUCAGAUGUACCUCCUCCCGAUAAAAUGAAUGACGUGUUCCCAGUUCAGCCGCUAGGUGACUUGUUUGUCCCCGCAGACAAUAACACUAUCCCCGACCCUAAACUGGUCCGCAACGAGACGGUGCCCCUGUAUAAACAAAGUGACAGCAUGUCAGACCAGCUAACUUCCAUACAGAUAUUCAUCCCUCUGGCGUCUGUCCUUUUUGUUUUACUUGCCUUAUUUUUAAUCGUCGCUCGGCGGAUCAAAUUAUGCAAAAGAAAACGAAGGAAGGAGUCGACGGUAAAAACGACGGAAGACGAGCAGUUGUUAGAUAGAAUGAACUUUGUGAAUAAAAACCCCACUUACUUUCUAUCACCACAUGACGGCGUGAAGGGGCGAAAAUUCAACAUCAAAGACAUUCCUUCCGAACAGAUGAAAAUUGUAGAUGUAGUCGGAGAAGGGGCAUUCGGUCAGGUAUAUAAAGGCAUAUAUUCGGCCGAAGACGGGUCCGAGAUUAGAAAGGUAGCCGUUAAAGUUCUGAAGGAGGGAGUAUCUAACGAGGUCAAGGACGACUUUGACAGGGAGGUGGAAAUCAUGAGUGCCUUUGACCACGAUAACAUUCUAAAAUUAUUAGGGGUUGUUACCAAAGGUUUAGAGGGAACGCCGUACAUGAUUUUUGAGUACAUGUUACAUGGUGACCUAGCUGAACUCCUGCGUCAUAACGACCCGGUUAUGCGCAAACACUCGGAUGACAUGAUAUUAGAGAAGACUGAUCUUACUGACGUUGCGAUACAGAUAGCCAAUGGUAUGGCCUAUUUGACAUCACAACACUUUGUACACCGUGACCUAGCCACACGUAACUGUCUGGUCGGCGAUGGACUUGUGGUCAAGAUUUCGGAUUUUGGAAUGGCGCGUGACGUCUACACCUGUGAUUACUACAGGAUUGGCGGUUCCCGAAUGCUACCUGUAAGAUGGAUGUCGCCAGAAAGUGUCAAAUAUGGCCGCUUCACCACGGAGUCCGAUAUCUGGGCGUUUGGUGUGGUGCUGUGGGAAAUCUUUAGCUUUGGUCGACAGCCCUACUAUGGACAUUCAAAUGAGGAGGUGGUGCGGUUUCUUGACGAGGGGAUAUUGCUACAGAGACCAGAGGAGUGUCCGUCCACUGUUUAUCACGUCAUGCUUGGCUGCUGGAAAAGCGAUCCCCGGGACAGACUGGUGUUUAUGAAGUCUCAUAAUCAUCUCGUGGACUACAGCAAAACGAUCAUGCGUAGUGCGCACAUGCAGUCUGUAAAUAUGGACGGUGAAGGAGACCUGAUAGCAUCAUAGUACUUUUAGUUUUAUGAUUAAAAAGUCGGUAUCUUGCUCUGCAUCAGAUUGGUCGAAACUUGGGGUCCAAUCAAUACACUGUAUUGCAUAUAAGUGUUCAAACGACCGAUUAACUGGCCUAGUGUUUUGAGUUUAAUUAUUGGCGCUUUCUACCGUAUGGUCAUGGUUCACCCCUGCAUGUAAAUGUAAACAUAUUUGAAUCGAAAUUUAAACUUCGAUAUUACUUCCAAUCUGAAGAAAAUUCAGCACUUAUCCAGAUGAUAUUAAGGAUGUGACAAAUGAGAUGGGAAGGGGCUGGCCCCGAAGUAUGUAUACGGCAUCAUGCUAUUACGCUGUAGACGGGCAGGCCCCGUAACAUGUACGGAUUGUACCUUGUAUUUAAGUGUUCUUUCACAUUCAACGGCAUGAUUUGAAGUAGCCUAACAGGUGUUAUUAAUGUGGCGAACAGACUAUUGGAUUCUGAUCAGGGAACAAAUGAAGAAGAAGGACUUCAAUGUACCUUUACCGCUGUCACGAAUUUAUGUGGAAAGAUUUUGUAAUUAUCUUAAUGGAGUCAGUGUAUUGAUACACAAUGAAGACAGAAAAGAUAAUAAUUUCAAUACUUGUUCUGAAUACUAAACAUACAAUUAUUUGUUACAAGUAUCAUCCAAGCGAUCCGGAUAUUUUUGUGAUUGGUAAAUGUACAUACUAGUCACGUUAGCAUUAUGUGCCAUUUAUUUUGUAUGUAUGCAUUUUAUGUAUUUUGUACAUAAAUACAUUUGAUAUAGAAAGUGUUUAGAUUAACAUAUCUCAUUCCAUUAUUUUUCGUUGCAUCGAUAUAUCACGCAAUACUAUGUUUAGUUCAAUAUGGCUUUACCUUCUUAGUGCAUUUACCGUAAGAAGUAUUUAUCUGUGUGUGAUGCCUAAAAUGGAUUCUCGGAACUUCCUCAACCAGGCCCGUUCUGCUGUAGGGAGGAUAAAUUUUGAAUUUGUAUUCCUAAAAAACGGACAUGAAAUUGGAAAGUAAGUCUCGUUUAAUAACAAAACUAUACAGGCUAAGGUGCAGGGAAAAUAAAACGGAACCAGUGGCGAUUGCUUAUCAUAGACAUUAUAAAACAAAGAUCAAUUAUAGUUUUCUGCUCUUGUUUAUCCUAUCCAAACCAAACUUAACGCAUAAAUAACGACAGUCCUAAAACGAAGUUUCAGUAAAAUUGCUAAACACAAAUGAUUUACAUCAGUAUAUGUCAAUAAAAAAAUGUCUGGCGUAUUGCAAGACGUGCUUAAAGUGCCGAUGGUUCACAUUUGGCAAAUAAUGUGCGUGUCUGAAGAGAAAUAUACACAUAUAUAUCUAAAAUGGGAAAGAAUAUAAAUGAGAGAAAACAGUUUAAUGCAAUAUUGUGUUGGUAAAAAGCAAAGUUAUACACGUACAAUAUGUGCUUCCUGUUUUCUUUUUGUUAUCGGUAUUUCUGCAAUUCAAACUAUACAAGGUAGACAUUAUCAUUGUUAACAAUGUUAAAAGGCGGAAAGUGAACAACCAGCUCAGUAUUACUGAUUAUUAUUAUUAUUUAUUAAGAUAUGGGAAUUCAUACAAUGGAAUCGGUACAGGGAACGACUAUUGUCUGGACAUUUUAUAAAGAGCUGGUGUUCCAGUUCUUCACUUCAUUUUUUGUAUGCUAGAAUAUGAAGCGUACUAUUAAUCAAAUGAUUUUUUGAAUAGAACUGCAUUUUUGACAAAACCUUUGGUCAUUUUCAGCAGUGGAAUUCAACAGCGUAACGUGAUAAUUAUUAUUGUGGUACAUCUCUCCACUUGGUCAUGUGAAACCUUGAAAAGUUCUAUACUCAUUGCUUAGUUUUUAUAUUGCUUUACAGCCCUCCGAAAAAAGAAGUUACCUUUGAACUAAAAAACAGAAGAAUACGACAUUCACAAAAAGGAAUAUAUCAAACUAAACUAUUAGAAAAGAUCCAAAUCGUUUGUUAAUAAAAUCGUUUCUGAUGGUAAAGAUCAACUGAACGUAAAUAGGCGUGUGUCAAUAACAGAAAUUAUAUUUAUGAAGCAUUUCCUGUAUGGAACAUCGCGAACAUGUCGGGCGUUUUUUUUUUUGAAGUUGUAGUUACAAUUAUUUCAUUGCAUAUAAAAUCGUAUUGUUCUACAUUGUUUUAUUUGAACGUAUAACUUGUACCAAAACGUCAAAUAGUUUUGCAAACGAUACCCAUUUUAUGACGUCUAAAUGAGUUUUUGUCGUAUAAGAAAUGUUUUAUCGGUCUGCAAAUUAAUAUAUAAAUACGCCGAAUAAAAUAGCAACUAAACGAUUUAUAACAAUGCAUCCUAUUUUUAUAUGUUAUUUAAAUUGAUGUAUUUUUUAAAAUCGGAAUAACAAUACUAAAUUUUCCCUGGCAUAAUUACAAUAUUAUUAUUAGCACACUGUUUAGUUUAUGGUGACAUCGAUAUUUUUUAAUUUUUGUUAUUGUUAUCACAGAAAUUAUUUGCCGUUAACACAAAUCAAAGCACUAGCCCUCGUAGUAGACCCUUUCAGCCGUGUGCACCAAUGUUUUUGUAUGAUAAUGUUUGUUGUAAAUUUCGUUGUCAGGAGUUGUGCAUUCUGUUAUUGUUGCCUUAUUAUCAUAUAACAAGUUGAAGAGUUUAUCUUAUUUUGUUGAAACAGUAUCGAUACGGACAAUAAAAAACGAGUGAAAAUUCA